AUGUCGCCCUUCAAUUCAAGCAUUCCCCUCUCGGUCAAUUUUACCAGUCCAGGAGACAUUUUUAUCUUCAUCUAUCAUGUUCUGUUUGCCACGACCUCGGCCCUCCUCGCGGGUUCCGUGGUGGUCGGAAUACUCGGCACGAGGACUCUGCGCGCGCAGAACCGUUUCAUGUUCAUGCUGAAUACUAGCGUAAGCGACACGUUGACGGGGCUGUCCGUAUACUACCUCGGUCUUUUUGACGUGCAGGAGGGCUAUCCCUCCAGAAACGGAACCUAUUACAUUUUACCUUCAUUUAUGGGGGUGAAUGUGAUGACGUUUCUUUUUGCUCAGUUUGAUAGGUACUUUGCUGUGUGUCAUCCUUUCUUUUACAACCGUUUCAUUACACGUGGGUUUGUCAUUGCAAGUUGCGCGUUUUGCUGGGUGUACACAUACCUAAUUCUAACAAUCCAGAAUAUUUUACCAGUCUCACAGGCUACUAAAAUUAGUGCAUUUGGUGUCAUGACGUUACAAAUUAUUGUAGUGAUUAAAGUUUUCAUGACCGUUAAAUUAUACAUCAUAGCGAGACACCAGCUCGAACGCGAGCCACCCAGCAGCGAGAAGGACACCAAGAAGGAAUCUCUGUGGAUUAUCGUGUUUGUGGUCAUUUGUUUUUUGUUUCUAUGGUGUCCCUCCUUUAUUAAUAUCAUACUGAGAUAUCUUACAACCAGCGGAGUGCAGUUCAGGAACGAAGCCACGAACCUGUUCGCGAUUAUGGCGCGCUUCAACGCGCUGAGCACCCCAGCGCUGUACGUGUGGGGAAGCCCUGCGCUGCGCGCGGCUGUCUGCAGCCUGGUGUGGCGGAGGUUAUGCGAAGUACGACCCGAAAGAAUAUUCUCCAGACACGUGAAACCCUCCAAGGAAGAAGUUUUAAGCGUAGCACGGAGCACGAGGGACAAGUAAGCACGGAAAGCAUUAACUGCGUUGCUACAAGGGCUUACAUAC